AUGGAUCACAGUAGUAGUAAUGCCAAAGAGUUCGAAUUCCGUCCCACAAAAGAGGGCCAAAGAAGUAAAAGUCCAGGUGUCAUUGGUCGGCUCAGUAGUUUUGCCCGAAGUAAAACACGUAAUAGUUUGAGUGAGAAGAGUGCCAAUGCUUCAGGUUUCAAUGAGAAGCCGAAAAAAGAUCUCAAUCGAGAGUUUCAAAAAUGCCGCGAAAACAAUGAUAGCCGGUUGGAUUUGAAUUCAAGUGAUAUUGUUUGUAUACCGUCAUCCAUUCGUGAUCUUACACAAUUGACAGAAUUAUUUAUUUAUAAAAAUAAAUUAACAACACUGCCUUCCGAACUGGGAUGUUUAGUGUCACUUAAGAAAUUAGGCUUGAGUGAGAACUCGCUCACAUCUUUGCCCGAUAGUUUAUCGGCUCUGACUCAAUUGGAGACCCUCGAUCUGAGGCAUAACAAGUUCACAGAGAUUCCACCUGUGAUAUAUCGUAUUUCCUCCCUGGAAACGUUAUGGCUUCGUUAUAAUCGGAUCGUUGUUAUUGGAAAAGAUAUUAGUAAUCUCAAAAAGUUGAAGAUGCUUGAUUUACGGGAGAACAAAAUACGGGAGCUACCAGCAUCAAUAGGCCACAUGAAAUCUCUGGUUAUUUGUCUUUUAAGUUAUAAUCAUUUAACCAUUAUCCCACCAGAAAUCGGAGACUGUCAAGCGCUAACUCAACUUGAUCUGCAGCAUAAUGAUCUUAUCGAUUUACCACCGUCAAUCGGACAGCUUUCUAAUCUUGAAAGACUAGGAAUUCGAUACAACAAAAUGAAAACCCUGCCUAAUCAACUGAAAAGUUGUGUUCAUCUGACUGAGUUUAUCGUCGAGAGUAAUCAUUUGCAAAAUCUACCGGAUAAUAUGUUGACUUAUCUUCCUAAAUUAACAACUAUCAAUCUUUCUCGCAAUGAGUUAUCAGCUUUCCCAUCAGGAGGCCCUCUUCAGUUUUCUAGUGCAGUGACUAUCAAUAUGGAACAUAACAUGAUUAGCAAAAUUCCAAUUGGCAUAUUCUCCAAGGCGACUGGUUUAACGAAAUUGAAUCUUAAGGAGAAUGAAUUAUCUUCUUUACCAUUAGAUAUGGGAACUUGGACUUCAAUUACGGAAUUGAAUCUGUCAACUAAUCAGCUCAAGGUCUUACCAGAUGACAUUGACAAAUUGAUAAACUUAGAGAUUUUGGUUUUGUCUAACAAUCAGCUUAAGAAGUUACCUUCUCAAAUUGGAAAUCUGAAGAAACUAAGAGAAUUAGAUUUGGAGGAGAAUGAAUUAGAAGCUAUACCCAACGAGAUCGGUUUCCUACUACUGUUGAAUAAAUUGUGGCUCCAGUCUAACCGACUAGUUAACUUGCCAAGGACCAUCGGCAAUUUAGGAAGUCUCGUAGAUUUUCGAGUUGGAGAAAACAGUUUGACCACAGUUCCAGAAGAAAUUGGUCACUUGGAUAGCAUGAAGACAUUAUAUUUAAAUGAUAACUUAUCCUUGCACUCAUUACCAUAUGAACUAUCUUUGUGCCAAUCACUCGAAAUCAUGUCAAUCGAGAAUUGUCCUCUCAGCUCAAUUCCGCAAGAGAUUGUAACUGGAGGACCAAGUUUGGUCAUUCAGUACCUUAAAAUGCAGGGGCCAUAUAGAGGUGUGAUAAUAACACCUUGA